AUGCAGCUUGAAAUCCAAGUAGCACUUAACUUUAUUAUUUCCUAUUUGUACAACAAACUCCCCAGACGGCGCGUGAACAUCUUCGGCGAGGAGCUGGAGAGGCAGCUAAAGAAGAAGUACGAGGGCCACUGGUACACAGAGAAGCCAUACAAGGGCUCUGGGUACAGGUGUCUCCACGUAGGGGAGAAGGUGGACCUUGUGGUGGAGCAGGCAGCCAAGGAGAGCGGCCUGGACUUGGACGACGUCCGGGAUAAUCUCCCUCAGGACCUUAGUGUGUGGAUUGACCCUUUCGAGGUAUCCUACCAGCUUGGCGAGAAGGGGCCGGUCAAGGUGCUGUACGUGGAUGAUAACACUGAGAGCAACGGGUCCGAGCUGGACAAGGAGAUCAAGAACAGCUUCAACCCAGAGGCCCAGGUCUUCAUGCCCAUCAGUGACUCUAUUGGGACCUCUUCUGAGUCCAGCUCUCCCUCACCCCCCUUCGGGCAAUCUGCGGCCAUUAGCCCCUCCUUCAUGCCGCGUUCCACCCAUCCUAUAACCUUCACCACCGCCACCUUCGCCGCCACCAAGUUCGGCUCCACCAAGAUGAAGAUCUCCGGCCGCAACAACAACAACAAUGGUAACGGAAACAAGGUGGCCCGCACGUCCCCCACCAACGACCUGGGGCUGAAUGUGAACACCCUAAUGAAGCAGAAAGCCAUGUCCACCUCUAUGUACUCUCUGUACGGCCUGGGCCAGCAGCAGAAUGCCUCUGCACUCUCUCCUAAUGCUAAGGAGUUUGUGUUCCCCAGCCUCCAGGGUCAGGGGAGCCCCGGUGGAAUUUUCCCCAGCGAGGGCUCACUCAGCCUCAGCCCGCUGCAGUACAACAAUGCCUUUGACGUGUUUGCGGCCUACGGAGGUCUCAACGACAAGUCCCUCAAUGAUGGGCUGAACUUCAACCUCAGCAACAUGCAGUAUUCGAACCAGCAUUUCCAGCCUGUCAUGGCUAGCUAA